UUUGGUUUUGAAACUCCAGUUCGCCGUAGAAAAGGGAAUUUUCUAACUUUUUUGUGGAUUUUGUGAUAAAAUAAAAGUGGAAAGAGUAAAUUAGAGUCAUUUGUAACUUCCGCCGUCGUUCGCGUUGUACAAGAAGCCCGGCAAAGUCAAUAAUGGACGCCUUGAGUGUGAUCGAGAAACGCUUGGAGCACCUGAACCAGCUGCUUGGACCGCUGCCAACCGAUGAGGGCCAGUCGGAAAACCUGACCGAGGCCAUCCUUUCGGCAGCGUCGUUUCUGCCGUCCGCCAGCACCGGACACCUAUCUGAUGGGGCGGCCCGAAGUGCAAUUCUGGAGUCGUUUAAGCGAAAGGACGAACUAGAAGCAUACCUCGAUCCGGCAUUCAUAGAGGAGAAGCAGGACAUCAAGGCGAAGGAAAUGUACAUUAACACGAUAGCCAACGAUCUGGCAGGAACGUUCGAGACGCUGCAGAAAAUCAAAACCCUCGAACCGACUCUCGGGGCGGAGUACUUCCGCAACCUUCCCGACGUGAGCGACCAGCUGAAGGCGAUGAACACGACGAUGGCGGAACAGAAGCAGGCCAACGAAUUGCUCGAGGAAAGCCUCGUGAUUGCGAUGCAGCGCUAUGGCGAGAUUCAGGCAGGGAUUAAAGAUUCGCUCAAAGGCAUGACCGAUCGCUUGGACCAGCUGGAAGAACGCUUGGCGCAGAAGAAAAAGGAAGACAAGGACAUUUAAUGUAAACGGAGGGUUAAACGCUUUUUUUUGUAAGGAACCAUCUGCGAUCAUGUCACUAAACUAUUCCUACUCGCUUAUCUAAUAAUAAAACAACCUUUAUUGAAGCUUUGA